AUGAGUCCUUUCGAAUUGUUGCAGGAUAUUGCAAAUUUAGUGCGAAUUGACUUAAGUGAAUGCAAGCACUUGGAGAAUCUCCCAGAUUUGUCUAAGGCGUCAAGACUUAAAUGGGUGAAUCUCUCCGGCUGUGAAAGUUUGCGUGAUAUUCAUCCAUCUGUUUUCUCUUUUGACACGCUUGAAACUUUGAUACUGGAUGGCUGCAAAAGGCUCAAGAGUCUUAAAAGUGAGCAACAUUUAACGUCUCUGGAAAAGAUCAGUGUGAAUGGCUGCACUAGUCUCAGUGAAUUCUCAGUGUCAUCGGAUUCAAUCACAAGCUUGGAUUUAAGCAGCACAGGAAUCAAAAUGUUGGACUCUUCUGCAUUUGGGCGUCUUAGAAAUCUCCGGUCACUCAAUGUACAUGAUUUGAGAUGUGCUCCUGUUGAUUUAUUUUUCCUAAAAGAUCUUGCGGAGCUUAGGAUUUGUAAUUGUAGACUAGCAAUUAGCAAACGUACUCUGCAUGCAUUAUUUGGUCGUUCAAAAUCUCUACAACUGCUACACUUGAAGGAUUGUUGUAACUUGUGUGAGCUCCCUGACAACAUCAGCGGCUUAUAUAAAUUAUAUGAGCUAAAACUAGAUGGUAGCAGUGUGAAGACAUUACCAGCUAGCACCAAGCAUCAACGACAUCUGAAAACUUUGUCCUUAGAGAAUUGUAGGAAGCUUAGGAGUCUAACUGAGCUUCCACCAUUUGUCACAGAGUUGAAUGCCAUGAACUGCAGGUCAUUGAGGACAGUAUCCACUAUAACAACUUGUGCAAUGAUCAUGGCUAAGAGAAAAUUCAUUUCAUUCAAGAAUUGUGUUGCAUUGGAUGAACCUUCACUCCACUGCAUUAUGGAGGGGGCCCAGUUAGCAACCAAGGGUACGGCGAGUGAGAAUAUGUCUGUAAAAGGAGUUGAAGACAACACCGAAAUUAAUUGCAACUUUGUGAAGGUUUGUUUCCCAGGAAGCAGAGUCCCGGGGCAGUUCAAAUAUCGAACAACGGAUUCCUCAAUCACUAUUGAUCUUCUUUCUUCCCAAUCUGACUUGGUGGGAUUAUCUUUGUGUGUGGUUCUUUCACACUCCCGAGUAAUGAAGAACCUUGGUGCUAAAAUAUGGUGUCUGUGCUACUUGGCAAAUGGUACGAUGUUGGGACCUGCAACCACAUGGUACGAUGAAGCUGUCACUGAGUUGAAUUCUGAUCAUGUUUUUAUAUGGUACGACCCAAGCCACUUUGACAGCUUCCUCAAAAUUUGUGACCAUCGCUACCCGAGAGUGUGGGGUCUGCCUAAUAUUUGA